AUGAAUGGCACUGACAUGGAGGAAAUACCGUUUCAGAAAGUCAAGACCAAGAGGAAGAAGUGCUGCCACUGCUGCUGCUCCCCGCCGGCUGCCGCGGCGUCGGGAGCGGGAGCCGGGUUAGGGGACCCCCCUCCCUUGCUGCUGCUGGAUGCCAUCGCCUGCGAGGACGAGUUUGACUGCAAGGAGCUGGAGGCUCUCUUUCAGAGCUACAACCUGAAGCUGGAGCAGACGUCCACCCUCAAGGCGCUGGCCGUCCUCAUCGUGCUCACCGCCAGCCUAGCCCUGGUGGAGCUGCUCUCCGGCCCCAGCCUGACCAUCUCCAAAGGUUCGCACCCGGUGCACUGCAUCAUCUUCCUCUCCCUUUUCAUCGUCACUAAUGUCAAGUACCUGCAGGUCACCCAGCUGCAGCAGAUCGUCAAGCUCACCUUGCUCUUCAGCUUCACCUUCUCCUUCCUCUGCUGCCCCUUCUCUCUCGGCGCCUACGGCAUGGAGCCGCCCAGCGCCCCCGAGCAGGGCAUGUGGCAGCUCAUGCUGGUAACCUUCGUCUCCUACUCACUGCUUCCCGUCCGGACGCUGCUGGCCAUCGUCUUCGGUCUGGUGGUGUCUGUCUCCCACCUCAUCGUCACCGCCACCUCCGUCAGUGCCAAGCGGCAGAGGCUCUGGAGGACGCUUGUGGCCAAUGCAAUCCUUUUUGUCAGUGUAAAUUUGUAUGGGGUCUUUGUGAGGAUUUUGACAGAAAGGGCUCAGAGGAAGGCAUUCCUUCAGGCCAGGAACUGCAUUGAGGACAGGCUGAGACUGGAGGAUGAAAAUGAAAAACAGGAACGUCUCUUGAUGAGCCUUUUGCCCAGGAACGUUGCAAUGGAAAUGAAGGAAGACUUCCUGAAGCCACCUGAAAGGAUUUUCCACAAGAUUUACAUUCAAAGGCAUGACAAUGUUAGUAUUUUAUUUGCAGACAUUGUGGGGUUCACUAGUUUGGCAUCGCAGUGUACUGCCCAAGAGCUGGUGAAGCUGCUGAAUGAACUUUUUGGAAAAUUUGAUGAAUUAGCUACAGAAAAUCAUUGCAGAAGAAUAAAAAUCCUAGGAGACUGUUACUACUGUGUAUCAGGAUUGACCCAGCCCAAAACAGAUCAUGCCCAUUGCUGUGUUGAAAUGGGACUGGAUAUGAUUGACACUAUCACAUCUGUUGCAGAAGCCACAGAGGUUGAUCUCAACAUGAGAGUUGGAUUGCAUACAGGCAGGGUGCUUUGUGGGGUCCUGGGUCUCCGAAAAUGGCAAUAUGAUGUCUGGUCAAAUGAUGUGACAUUAGCUAAUGUAAUGGAAGCUGGAGGACUGCCUGGGAAAGUUCACAUUACAAAGACCACCUUAGAGUGCCUAAAUGGGGACUACGAGGUAGAACCAGGAUACGGUCAUGAAAGGAAUAGUUUCUUGAAGAAGCAUAAUAUUGAAACAUAUUUUAUUGUGCCAUCCCAUCGUAGGAAGAUAUUUCCUGGACUGAUUCUCUCAGACAUUAAGCCUGCCAAGAGAAUGAAGUUCAAGACAGUCUGCUAUCUGCUUGUUCAGCUCAUGCACUGUCGCAAGAUGUUCAAAGCGGAGAUCCCUUUCUCCAACGUCAUGACGUGUGAGGAUGAUGAUAAGAGGAGAGCAUUAAGGACAGCCUCUGAAAAACUCAGGAAUCGUUCCUCUUUUUCUAACAAUAUUGUAUACAGCACUCCAGGAACUCGAGUGAACAGAUAUAUCAGCCGCUUGAUAGAGGCCCGGCAAACUGAGUCUGAGAUGGCUGACUUGAAUUUCAUUACCUUGAAGUAUAAGCAAAUUGAACGUGAAAAAAAAUACCACCAGCUUCAGGAUGAGUACUUCACCAGUGCUGUAGUUCUCUCACUAAUUCUAGCUGCCUUAUUUGGCCUUGUCUACCUUCUAAUAAUACCACAGAGUACCGUAGUUCUUGUUCUCCUGGUGUUUUGCAUAUGCUUCCUAGUGGCUUGUAUUAUGUACCUACAUGUCACACGAGUACAAUGUUUUCCAGGGUGCCUGACAAUACAAAUUCGUACCAUUUUGUGUAUUUUUAUUGUGAUCUUAAUAUACUCUGUGGCUCAAGGCUGUGUGGUUGGCUGCAUGCCUUGGGUUUGGAAUACCAAUUCCAGCAGCUCAAUAGUUAUAAUUUCUCCUGGUGGAACAAAUAAAACAAUGAAUGAACUUCCAUGUGACACAGCCCACUAUGCUUUCCUUUCCUGUGUAGUGGGGACUCUCACCUUGGCAAUAUUUCUACGUGUAUCUUCCUUGCCAAAAAUUAUUCUCCUGCUUUUUGUUACAAUUUUGUACAUAGUUAUUCUGGAACUCAGUGGUUACAGAAAAGCAGUGGGGGGCGGCUCCUUUUACAUGCGUGGCUAUGAACCAAUACUAGCUAUUUUGCUAUUUUCUUGUGCUUUAGCACUGCAUUCAAGACAGGUGGACUUGAAACUGCGUCUGGACUACCUCUGGGCAGUGCAGGCAGAAGAAGAGAGAGAUGAUAUGGAGAGAGUCAAGCUGGAUAAUAAAAGAAUUCUUUUCAACCUGUUACCAGCCCAUGUUGCACAGCAUUUUCUUAUGUCUAAUCCAAGAAAUAUGGACCUUUAUUAUCAGUCAUAUUCACAAGUGGGAGUGAUGUUUGCUUCCAUCCCAAAUUUCAAUGAUUUCUACAUCGAACUGGAUGGCAAUAAUAUGGGAGUGGAAUGUUUACGCCUGUUAAAUGAAAUUAUUGCUGAUUUUGAUGAGCUUAUGGACAAAGAAUAUUAUAAGGAUAUUGAAAAGAUCAAGACAAUUGGAAGUACUUAUAUGGCAGCUGUGGGACUCGUACCUACUUCAGGAACUAAGGCUAAAAAAUCAAUUUAUUCCCAUCUGAGUACAUUGGCAGAUUUUGCAAUUGAGAUGUUUGACGUUCUUGAUGAAAUCAACUAUCAGUCUUACAAUGACUUUGUCCUACGAGUUGGUAUUAAUGUUGGGCCGGUAGUGGCAGGAGUCAUUGGAGCCAGAAGACCACAGUAUGAUAUUUGGGGGAACACUGUGAAUGUUGCCAGCCGGAUGGAUAGUACUGGAGUGCAGGGAAAGAUUCAGGUGACAGAAGAAGUUCAGCGGAUAUUAAAAAGAUGCAGUUAUGAAUUCGUGUGCAGGGGUAAAGUUAGUGUAAAGGGAAAAGGUGAAAUGUUGACCUAUUUCCUGGAAGGAAAGGCUGAUGGAAAUAAUUCCCAAACACGGUCAUUAAACUUAGAGCGGAAAAUGUACCCUUAUGGGAGAGCAAACAUUCAGACAAAACUAGGCACCAGCUGUCCAUCGGUGUCCUCAGUUGCUAGCUUUACUGUAAAACCUGGUCUUGGAGCAGGUCAAGCAUCUGCCACUCACACAAACCAAACACUGCAUUAUCUUCCUUCUGUGCCAGCUGUGAAGGAGGCAUAG